GAGGGUAGGGAUCUCAUGUUCACACCAUGUGGUUGUAAUACCCCCUCCUCACAUGCAAAGUGCGUCUUGAGGCUGAGAGAAUCGCCUCUGAAUGAAAGUGAUCGCAGACCAACCAAGACAUUCAAUCGCGAUACACCUUGGGCAACAUGCACCGGGCACAAGAAUACAGGAAGAGUUAAUUCACGAUAUGCUUUUUUGGGUUCCAGGAAGUCGGAACGUUCUGAUUUCCCAGAUCUCGUCCUGACGACGCUUUUCACGGUGCCAAGAGAUUUGUCACGUGCCCUGACUGCUGCUAGGUCUGGCUGUGAGAAUUAUUCUCCUACGACUCCAUCGGGGUUCGCCGCGGUCAUUGCCGUAUACCUCGCCGUCGGCUACGGAGCGUCGCUGCUGUGCAACCUCGUGGGAUUCUGCUACCCGGCCUACCGAUCGAUCGCGGCGAUCGAGAGCUCCAGCAAGGAGGACGACACCAAGUGGCUCACCUACUGGGUGGUCUACGGACUCUUCUGCGUGGGGGAGUUCUUCUCCGACCUCGUUCUCUACUGGUUCCCCUUCUACUACUUCUUCAAGUGUGCCUUCCUCGUGUGGUGCAUGGCGCCCGUGCCGUGGAACGGCUCCGCCGUGAUCUACCAGCGCAUCAUCCUGCCCUGGUUCCACGCCCACUCGGCUCAGGUGGACCGCGUGAUAGACGACCUGAGUGGGCGGGCGCGCAUGGCUGCCGACGCAGCCACGUCACGAGCCACCUCGGCCGCCGUCGGCAUCGCGACGGCGGCCUUGGACACCAAGGCCAAGAAAAGUUCGUGACUGCGACACCGCCCAGCGGGGCCGCAGAGCCGACCGAUGCUGCGUUCGGCUCGACGAGGCAGCUUGAAACUUGAGGGCCCCCUCUUCCGCGGCCGCUGAAUCCGGCUCGUGGGGGUGGUGCGGGGGGGGGGGGGGGGUGGGGAGUCCGUGCGGGGGUCGGGGUCAGGGGUUAAUCAUUUAUUUGCCACUCCGUGCCACGUCGUUGGGUCGUGCCACCCGGCCGCGUGGGGGCGGCGUUGGGGGGCCGCGGCACCUCGGCACGGCUCGGUUUGUUGCGGCCAGCGCGACCUGGCGAGUUUCGGCGUUCACCGACCUGCGCUUUGGCUUUUGAGAGGGAGCAAGCGGUGAUGUGGCGAGUUAGGAAGCUUCCCCACCCCCCCCCCCUCCCGGUGUUUCAGGUCUGCCACGGUUCCACACCUACAUUUAUUUACAUCUCUCUCUCUCUCUUGCCCUUCAUCUCUCUCCCUAUCCAUCUCUCUCUCCAUCUCUCUCUCGAGAGAGAGAGAUGGAGAGAGAGAGA